CUUGCCUGCCGCCGCCGGCUCCCUCCGGCCAGCGGUGCGGUGCGCGCCUGCGCCAGCCCUCGCCUCGGAGCAGCCAUGAUGGAAGGCCUGGACGACGGCCCCGACUUCCUCUCAGAGGAGGACCGCGGACUUAAAGCAAUAAAUGUAGAUCUUCAAAGUGAUGCUGCUCUGCAGGUGGACAUUUCUGAUGCUCUUAGUGAGAGAGAUAAAGUAAAAUUCACUGUUCACACAAAGAGUUCAUUGCCAAAUUUUAAACAAAACGAGUUUUCAGUUGUUCGACAACAUGAGGAAUUUAUCUGGCUUCACGAUUCCUUCGUUGAAAAUGAAGACUAUGCAGGUUACAUUAUCCCUCCAGCACCACCAAGACCUGAUUUUGAUGCCUCAAGGGAAAAACUACAGAAACUUGGAGAAGGAGAAGGGUCUAUGACAAAGGAAGAAUUCACAAAGAUGAAACAGGAGCUGGAAGCUGAGUAUUUGGCAAUAUUCAAGAAGACCGUUGCGAUGCAUGAAGUGUUCCUGUGUCGUGUGGCAGCACAUCCUAUUUUGAGAAAAGAUUUAAAUUUCCAUGUCUUCCUGGAAUAUAAUCAAGAUUUGAGUGUGCGAGGAAAAAAUAAAAAAGAGAAACUUGAAGAUUUCUUUAAAAACAUGGUUAAAUCAGCAGAUGGAGUAAUUGUUUCUGGAGUAAAGGAUGUAGAUGAUUUCUUUGAGCAUGAACGAACAUUUCUUUUAGAAUAUCAUAACCGAGUUAAGGAUGCAUCUGCUAAAUCUGAUAGAAUGACAAGAUCUCACAAAAGUGCUGCAGACGAUUACAAUAGAAUUGGUUCUUCAUUAUAUGCUUUAGGAACUCAGGAUUCUACGGAUAUAUGCAAGUUUUUUCUUAAAGUUUCAGAACUUUUUGAUAAAACAAGAUUGAGUAGCGGAGACAAGUUGAAGAAAAGGAAAUACUGUAUCACAAAGGAAAAAGUUCUUAAAUAUAAAAUAGAAGCACGAGUGUCAGCUGAUGAGGACCUCAAACUUUCUGACCUUUUAAAAUAUUACUUAAGAGAAUCUCAAGCUGCUAAGGAUCUCCUGUAUCGAAGAUCUAGGUCACUAGUAGAUUAUGAAAAUGCUAAUAAAGCACUGGAUAAAGCAAGAGCAAAAAAUAAAGAUGUUCUGCAGGCUGAAACGUCCCAACAGUUAUGUUGUCAGAAAUUUGAAAAAAUAUCUGAAUCUGCAAAACAAGAGCUUAUAGAUUUUAAGACAAGAAGAGUUGCUGCAUUCAGAAAAAAUUUAGUGGAACUGGCAGAGUUAGAACUGAAGCAUGCAAAGGGUAACUUACAGUUGCUGCAGAACUGCCUGGCAGUGUUAAAUGGAGACACAUAAGCCACACUCUGCCUUCCAGUUAAAAAGGGCUGCCUUCCGUCAGAUUUUAUUUCUUUUCUUAAUGAUGCUAGACAUUUACUGCUCACUGGAAACAAAAGAAACAGCUGACAAAGUGCAUCUACUCUCCCUUUUUCUGAGAAACAGUGGCGCGGUGCCGCCCUCGGGUGCUGUGGGCUGCAUGAUGGGACCUGCGCGCCUGCGCCGCGGACAGUUGAUGAUCAUCGCGCCCUCCUCUUCAGAAGCCCAAAGUACUGCCUUUUUUUAAGUAGCCUCUAGAACUGUGCUUAUUUUAUGAAUAGUAUUCCUUAUGGCUGCCAAUCUUAUUUACUUUUAAGUAAUUUCUGAAGUUUAACCCUUUCAAAAUACAUUGUGUAAACAAGAUAAGGAUUGCCGUUACCUUUUUUGAAAUUUGUUUUAAAAAAAACAUUGUACACCACCUUAGUUCACUCUUGUAUCCUGGUAAAGCAUCUUAAUGAGACUUAUUUUUAAUUAAUGAACGUUUCUUAGAAGUUUUGGGACAGACUUUACGUAAUCUUUAUAAGUAUGAUUUCUGAAGAAAAGCAAAUGCAUUAGUAUGUUUGCCUUAAACUUGUAGACUAAACGAACUAUUGUCAAAUAAACAGUGAUAACAGUAA